AUGACUACGUUUAACGUACAAUUAUAUGGAGCUAGAGGUGAUGGGAAAACAGACUCGACCAAGCCAUUUUUGACGGCUUGGACAUUAGCAUGCGGCUCAGAGGCUCAAUCCAUGGUCUACAUUCCCCGUGGAACAUACCUGGUACGAAAUCUUGUCUUUUGGGGUCCUUGCAAGAACAUAAUAACUUUCAAAAUCGAUGGAAAACUCGUGGCUCCAAAAAACUACUGGAGUAUAGGUAAUUCUGGUUAUUGGAUCCUAUUCGCUAAGGUAAACCGGAUAUUGGUUUACGGUGGAACGAUUGAUGCUAAAGGAGCUGGUUAUUGGUCUUGUAGAAAGAAAGGUGGCCACUGUCCUCAAGGUGCAAGAUCUAUAUCGUUUAGCUGGUGCAAUAAUGUUCUACUAAGUGGCCUUACGUCGUUGAAUAGCCAGAAUCUGCAUGUCACGGUUCAUCAUUCUUCUAACGUUCGGAUUCAGAACAUAAGAAUUAGGGCGCCGAGUAGAAGCCCUAACACUGAUGGUAUUAUCGUCCAGUCUUCUUCUGGGGUCACCAUUAGUGGGGCAGUCAUUGGAACUGGGGAUGACUGCAUUGCUCUUAAUCAAGGAUCUGUGAACAUUUAUAUCGAACGUGUGCUGUGUGGACCAGGACAUGGAAUCAGCAUUGGGAGUCUUGGGGAUCACGCUGAUGAGGAAGGUGUCAAUAAUGUAACCGUCACGAACUCUGUUUUCACCAAGACGCGAAACGGUGUAAGAAUAAAGAGUUGGGCUAGGCCGAGCACAGGGUUUGUGAGAAAUGUGGAGUUUCGAAACCUGGUAAUGAGGAAUGUUGGUAACCCGCUAAUCAUCGAUCAAAACUAUUGCCCUAGUGGAAAAGGCUGCCCUAAUCAGAGCUCUGGUGUGAAGAUAAGUGGAGUGACUUUUGCAAACAUAAAGGGAACAUCAACGACACCAAUAGCUAUGAAACUGGAUUGUAGUGGAAGCCAUCAUUGCACAGAGAUUACAUUGAAAAACAUUAAGCUCACUUACAUGAAAGGAGCAACAACUUCUUACUGCAAGAACGCUCAUGGAGGAGCCUCUGGAGUUGUGGUACCAAUGAAUUGUAUGUGA